AGUGACGCAGUUAUUGUAGAUGUACAGAUACUCCACGCGUCCUCACGUGAGCUGAAAACUGCGGUUUGAUUUCCCACUUUAAGCGCACAUCCGGUCCGAUCCGCGGCUGAGAUCGAGGGCUUCUUCAUACAUUCGGGGCUGGAUGUCGGAUCUGUGCGCGCCCUGACUUUGGAUGCCAUUCCGCCCGGAGGCUGCGGGAAAACCCGAGGACUGGAUGUAAGAACCAGCAGGAGAUAUGCCGCAGCCCAAAUCACGAAAAAUCGCCAUCCUCGGGUACAGAUCCGUAGGAAAGUCUUCUUUGACAAUUCAGUUUGUGGAAGGCCAGUUUGUUGACUCCUAUGACCCAACAAUAGAAAACACAUUUAUAAAAAUGAUCACAAUAAAUGGACAAGAGUACCAUCUUCAGCUGGUAGACACAGCGGGACAGGAUGAAUAUUCCAUCUUCCCUCAGACUUACUCCAUAGAUAUUAACGGCUACAUUCUGGUCUACUCAGUUACAUCUAAUAAAAGCUUUGAAGUUGUACAGGUUAUCCACGAAAAGUUGUUGGACAUGGUGGGAAAAGUUCAAGUACCAAUCAUGCUGGUUGGAAACAAGAAUGACCUUCAUAUGGAGCGAGUAAUCAGUUGUGAAGAAGGAAAAGCAUUAGCCGAAUCCUGGAAUGCCGCCUUCAUGGAGUCCUCCGCUAAAGAGAACCAGACAGCAGUGGAGGUUUUCCGGAGGAUGAUCCUGGAGGCAGAGAAGAUGGAUGGCGGCGUGCAGCCAGGAAAAACGUCCUGCUCCGUGAUGUAGAGCCGCCUAAUCAACACACAGGACACUGCACUGGGAUAUCCCAUUACUUGAAGGCUAGCUGCCAGAUCUCCUCCACCUCAGCUGACUCCCGCUCCUCCCCCACAGGAUUCUAAAUAUCCAACAGUGUCUAUUUAUGGCUCUGAUUCCACUGUUAUUUAUCAGUAUUUCUCAUUCCCUCUUUUUCUCUUUGUGUUAGAUUUUUGAGGAAGAAAAAAACAUGAAAACCCGGAUGAGUGGUGGUUUUCCUUUCCAUUUCCCACCUUCCACCUGUCUUCCCUCUCCGACGUGCUCGGCACUGAUGCAGAUGUCUUUUGGGUGUAUCAGAAAAAAUGUUGCUCUUUUGCCCAGUAACGAUGAUAACCAGAGAUAGUGCUUAAUGCGUCUUAGUUUCACAUUAUACAGCUUCAAUAUAUCGGCUCCGAGCUCAUCUCCGUGUAAAUAAGUGAUAAGAGAACCGCCGUGUCGGCCGCGCACGCGCUCCCGGAAUGGAUAUGUUAACGUGCACGUUUCUUCUGAUACAUCAGUUGGCUGUUUUGGUUUCUCUGAUAUAUUCCAUCUUUUUCUACUUUGUCUCCAUUCCACUGUCCCCCUGUUUGUUUCUGCAGCAGUUACUGUCAGCCAAAAACGAAAACUCUGCAUCCAUUUUCUAAUGUUGAAAAUGUUGUACAAAUGUUUUUGAUUGUAAUCAUUAAAGCAAAAAGUGGUUAUGUAC